AUGGGUCAGAGCAUUGAUAAAACAAAACCAACUAGAACCUACGAGACAAUAGUGCCAAAUCCAGUACAAGCCACCGUGAAAUAUGAUAUAACUCCACCUCGAUUUUCUGUUACAAAUAUUGAAGAAAUUCAACAAGGUAUUGAACAUUUCAAUGAGCACGGCUAUGCUGUGUUUAGUAAUGUUCUGUCUGCUGAUGAAGUUAAUAAAAGUGUUGACUUAUUUUGGAAAUAUCUGGAGAGUUUACCAAAGCCUUACCAUAUUCGACGGGAUCUACCUGAAACAUGGGAUGAGCCAUGGCCAGGAUCAUUUGAAAUUGGCCUGCUCAACACUUUGGGUAUUGGACAAUCUGAGUUCAUGUGGCAUAUACGAGGAAAUCCAAAUGUGAAGAAAGUCUUUUCUCAUAUUUGGAAUUCCAAUGAAUUGUGUGUUUCAUUCGACGGAGCUGGUUGUUUUCGUAACUGGCAUAUUAAUCCCGAAUGGAAAACAAGAGGCGGUUGGUAUCAUUGUGAUCAAAACCCAUCUUCUAAACCAGACCGAUGUUCAAUUCAAGGUCUUGUCGCAGUCACUGAUAGCGAUGAAACUACUGGUGGUCUUGUUAUAGUUCCACAUUCGCAUAAACAUUUUCUUGACUUGCUAUCACCAUCGAAAUCAAGAAAUUAUUGGGGUAACUAUCUUCGAAUUCCUGAUAUACAUCCAUUGCUUCAACAGCUUCCCCCUCGUUUAAUCAAAUGCAAAGCAGGUGAUCUCGUCGUUUGGGAUUCACGUUGUAUUCAUUGUAACACGCCGGCACUCGUUGAUGAUAAUGGAGCAAAUCAAGCAGCACUGAAACGCAUUGUCGCUUACAUCUGUAUGAGUCCAUUGUCCCUGUUUGCUCCUGACGCAGACUUGUUCCAAAAUUUAGAAGAAUUUCGUAAACUGAGAGAAGAAUACGUUCGAAAUGGAACGACUUGUACGCAUUGGCCUUUGGAACUGAUCAUAGCUAGUGAAAACACGAUAAAACAGAAUGAAAAGCUCAAAUUGAAUACAUUUCAACAAUCAUUGAUUAUCGGAACAGAUGUGGAAUAUGAAAAAGACGCUACGGAAAUCGAAUUUUAA